AUGCUGCUGCACCUGUGUGGUGUUAAGAACCUUUACCAGAGCAGGAUUCUGAUGUCCUCACCAUCCCGUCGGCGCAGGUGUAAAGAUGGGGCACGCUAUAGCCUCACAGCCGUGCAAUGUCCUCCUAUUAACCCCACUGACCACCUAACUCUGCCACGCUCCUCCAGUGACCCAGAUCUGGUGUCAUCUCACAGCCGCUCUACUCUCACCGUCAACACCUCACUGUACUGCAUCGGCCAGCCUCAGGACAUCCUUGUCUGCUGGGAUAUCAAAGAGGAGGUGGACGCUGGAGACUGGAUCGGUUUGUACCUGAUUGAUGAGGUUCUGUCAGAGAACUUUCUGGAUUACAAAAAUCGUGGUGUAAAUGGAUCUCAUAAAGGCCAGAUUGUUUGGAAGAUCGACGCCAGUUCCUACUUUAUGGAGUCUGAAACCAAAAUUUGUUUCAAGUACUAUCAUGGAGUGAGUGGAGCACUGAGAGCUACUACACCAUGUGUGACCGUGAGGAACCCAUGUGCUUUUGUGUUGAAACCAGUGGUGUGUCAGGAUGUCAGUCAGAGUCAAGGAAGCAGAAGGCUUAUCAACUUCUGCCUGUCAGACAUCCAGGCAGUGGGUUUGAAAAAGGGGAUGUUCUUUAAUCCUGAUCCGUAUCUGAAGAUUGCAAUCCAGCCUGGGAAGCACAGUAUUUUCCCUGCUCUUCCCCACCAUGGUCAAGAGAAAAGAUCUGGCAUCAUCUGCAACACCAUCAACCCUGUAUGGAAACGAGAGCGGUUUAACUUUGUCUCACUACCUACUGAAUUUUUGGAAAUUGAAGUGAAAGACAAGUUUGUCAAGAGCAGACCCAUCAUCAAACGCUUUUUGGGCAAGCUGUCCGUGCCUGUUCAGCGGCUGCUGGAAAAGCAUGCAAUUGGUGAUCGUGUGGUUAGCUAUGCUCUUGGUCGUAGGCUGCCAACGGAUCAUGUCAGUGGCCAGUUACAGUUUCGAUUUGAGUUAACAUCGUCAAUUCAUCCAGAUGAUGAGGACUUGGUUGUUUGUGCUGAGAGCAGCGUGACUCCUGACGAGGAAUAUGUGGAAGGCCAAAACAUUGUCUCAGAACCCCCUGUAGAGUUAGCAGAAAAUGCUGAUGUAAAUGAGCUCCAUGAGGACAUCCCUUUAGAUAUAGAUGCACAGAAUUCUGUGCCCGUAAUGUCUUCCACAACGGCAGGUAGUCUUCACUCUGCUGAUGGUAUAUCUGGCAUGAAGAAAUUGGAUGAUGCUGAAAUUGCACAGGAGCUCCCAGUAGAAGCAGGGGGCCAAGAACAAGCGGAUUCGUCAUGCAGGACUCAGCUUGCUGAAAAUCAAGAGCAGAGUCCCUGUGACUCAGCUGGAGAGCAGGAACAGGUGCAUCCAAAUGAAAAUAUAGAGGUUGUGGGAAAUGGUGAGGAAGCUUGUGUGGAGGGACCUAGAGAUACGAGGGAUGUGGAGGUAAAUGAAGAGGGGAUAGGGACAGAAACAGAGCCAGAUGAACCCACAGAGUUGGAAGGGGCUACAGGCUCAGAGCCGACUGUAGUGAGACAGGAAGGACAGGUCGAAAACCCAGAGGCCUGUUCUCCAAGAACGAGAUGUAUGCUUAAGCGUAAGGCAAUGAAGCGCCGGCCAUGUUCACUUCCCGUAUCGGAACUUGAAACAGUCAUAGCCUCAUCGUGCAAAGAACCUGAGACGCCACGCUCACACUACAUACGUAUUCACCACCUCCUGCACAGCUUGCCUUCUGCCCAGAAUCGCUCAACCAGUCAGGACGAUGAGGGGGCAACUGACCCACAACCUUAUGAGGAUGUCAGUCUUAAACCUGUAGAGAGCAAAAGUGAAGAGGUUGAGGACAACGAAGAAGCAGCGAGCGAGGCACGGUCUCCAUCGAUAGUGCCAGAAUGUGUUAGACCAUGCUGUCGAAGAACUCUGCCCCGGAGUCUCUCUAUCGAACGUCUGUCUGAGCUCAACCAGCUUCUGGAGGGGCAUAGCCACACACGCUUUGAGAGCGAAGAUGGGGAACCGGAGAGUGUAACAGGGGGCCAAAGGCGUCCCAGGGAGAGCGAAUGUGAGUUCUGCGAUACUUCUUGCUACAGCACGUCAUGCUACAGUACAUCAUGUUACAGCACCUCCUGCUACAGCAACUCAGGUCAUGACGGGCAUAACCAUUUCUGUAGCCACACAAGACUCUCAUCUGUCGACAGUACCCGUCUGUCUGAGAGCACAGUCUUCUCCUCUCAGGAAGAGGAGGAGGAAAACAGUGCUUUCGAGGACUCAGGACAGAGCCCAGAGGCAAGGGACCAGGGAGAUGGCACAGCCCAGUGGAUGGAGGAGCAGAGUGAGGGUAACCCGGACUCACCAGUAGCAGGACCCAGUGUCGACUCACCAAGCACUAGCCAGUUGCUAUGCUGUCACCAUCCAGUCAGUCAACUCCCUGUCAUGCAAGCCAACCCCAACCAUUACCCACUUGUUGAUGAACCAUUGCCACCAAACUGGGAAGCGAGGAUAGACAGUCAUGGUCGUGUGUUCUACGUUGACCAUGUGAAUCGCACCACCACAUGGCAAAGGCCCAGUCAAGCACCAAAAUGUUUCGGUGUGCACCGCUCCAACUCCACCCAACACAUGGAGCAACUUAACAGAAGGUAUCAGAACAUCCAGAGAACAAUGGCUACUGAGGGGGAUUCCAGCGGCCGAAGAUUAGACAGCAGCAGCAGUACAGAGAACGAGAACGACCUCCCAUCUCAGCCUGCAGGUCCCUCCUCACCAGCGAGCAGUCAGAAAAUCACUCUGCUUUUGCAAUGUCCUGCAGUCAAGUUCAUCACCCACCCAGAAUUCUUCACCGCCCUCCAAGCCAACUAUGCAGCGUACCGCAUGUUUACCAACAGCACCUGUCUAAAGCACAUGAUUCUAAAAAUCCGGCGAGAUGCACUCAACUUUGAGCGUUACCAACAUAACCGUGACCUCGUCAUUUUCUUCAACAAGUUUGCAGAAACACAGCUGGAGCUGCCCAGAGGCUGGGAGAUCAAAGUAGAUCAACAGGGCAAGUCAUUCUUUGUGGACCACAACAGUCGAGCCACCACGUUUAUCGAUCCCAGAAUUCCUUUUCAGAAUGAAAGUUUGCCUAACCACCUCACACACAGGCAACACUUACAAAGACUGCGCAGUUACAGCGCAGGAGAGGCAUCUGAUGUUUCCCGCAGCAGAGGUGCAUCACUCAUGGCCAGGCCUGGAAACAGCCUAGUAGCCACCAUCAAGAACCAGUACCAACAAGACUCAGUACCACUAGCUUAUAAUGAGAAGAUUGUGGCUUUCCUCCGGCAGCCGAACAUCCUGGAGUUGCUGCAGGAGAGACAGCCUAGUUUGGCCCGUAAUCACACGCUCAGGGAAAAGAUCCAUUACAUCCGUACUGAAGGACCACAGGGUGUGGAAAAGCUGUCUUGUGAUGCAGACCUGGUUAUGUUGUUGAGCUUGUUUGAAGAUGAGAUCAUGUCAUAUAUCCCAGCCCACCCGUUUCAUCCUGGCCUCAAUUUUUUCCCUCGAUGUUCUCCCGGAUCUUCACCUCAGAAUUCACCAGGAUUACAAAGAGCCAGAGCACCUGCUCCAUACCGUAGAGACUUUGAAGCCAAACUGCGCAAUUUUUACAGGAAGCUUGAAGCUAAGGGAUAUGGCCAAGGACCAGGAAAAAUCAAGCUGAUCAUCAGAAGAGAGCAUCUGCUUGAAGGAACAUUUAAUCAUGUCAUGGCCUAUUCACGCAAAGAGCUGCAAAAGAACAAACUCUUCAUCACAUUUGUUGGAGAGGAAGGUCUGGACUACAGUGGACCAUCGCGGGAAUUUUUCUUUCUGCUUUCUCAGGAGCUGUUUAAUCCCUACUACGGCCUGUUUGAGUACUCAGCUAAUGACACCUAUACUGUUCAGAUAAGCCCCAUGUCUGCCUUUGUAGAAAACCAUUUAGAAUGGUUCCGGUUCAGUGGGCGUAUUUUGGGCCUGGCACUGAUUCAUCAGUACCUGCUGGAUGCUUUCUUCACUAGGCCAUUCUACAAAGCUCUCCUUCGACUAGCGACUGAUCUGAGUGAUUUGGAGUAUCUGGAUGAGGAGUUCCACCAGAGCCUCCAGUGGAUGAAGGACAAUAAUAUCACAGACAUCCUUGACCUGAACUUUACUGUGAAUGAGGAGGUCUUCGGACAGGUAACCGAGAGGGAACUGAAGUCAGGGGGAGCUAAUAUCCAGGUGACCGAGAAAAACAAGAAGGAAUACAUUGAGAAAAUGGCCAAGUGGAGGGUGGAGAGAGGGGUGGUGCAGCAAACAGAAGCUCUGGUUCGAGGUUUCUAUGAGGUGGUAGACUCUCGUCUGGUGUCAGUAUUUGAUGCUCGUGAGUUGGAGCUGGUCAUCGCAGGGACAGCAGAAAUAGAUCUGAGUGACUGGAGGGCGAACACUGAAUACAGAGGAGGCUACCAUGAUGGACACAUAGUGAUUCGAUGGUUCUGGGCAAUGGUGGAAAACGUUAAUAAUGAACAGAGGCUGCGUUUGCUACAGUUCGUAACGGGAACAUCCAGCGUGCCCUAUGAGGGAUUCGCAGCUCUACGAGGGAGCAAUGGACCACGCCGCUUCUGCAUUGAAAAAUGGGGCAAGAUCACUUCUUUACCCAGGGCCCACACAUGCUUUAACCGGCUAGAUUUGCCUCCAUACCCUUCAUACACCUUGCUUUAUGACAAACUGCUAAUUGCCGUGGAGGAGACCAGCACAUUUGGUCUGGAGUAAAGAAUCCAAUAACACCUAAAAUAAAAGACUAUUUUCUAAAUGUACUAUACCUUUAUUUUGGAACUGCUCUUUUAUAGCUACAUGCAUCUGAUGAAUCGUUUUGGAUUUUUGU